AUGAUUUCUUUUGAUAUUCCCUUCCUAAUUUUACGUGCUGGAGAUGCCAAUGCUAUUAGGUUUGUUUCCACCCUAAAAUCUUUUGAGCCUAUCAACGGUGCUUGUUUAUCAAAGAACCGUGUUGUGGUGAGCACCAAAGAACAGUUUCUGGGGUUGGGACAUGGGUUGUUGGUGCAGAUUGUGCUGUGCUUGGAUACAUUUGGAUCUGAGUAUGAAGAAGUCAAAAAAACCCUCAUAUCUAAUGUUAAGAGAGAGGUGAAGAAAAUCAUGGAAGAGGCGGUGACCCGCAAAUUCGUGCACGAAGAAAGCAGCUCUAUCACGUCACUUUGUGCACUAGAAGGAAAAGAAGAAGAAGAAGAAGAAGAAAAGAAGAAUUUUUAA